CACGUCUUCAGGAGGGGAGAGCACGAAGACUGACUACUUCAUGCGCGACGUGACUCCCAGGACAUCAGAUGAUGCAGUAUUUACGAAUGUGACGCAGUGGAGAAAACGCGUAAUAGCUGGGACAGAUUAAUUAUAUGAUUUUUAUGAGUUAAUCAUGCCGAGUCUGAGGUCCAUCCUGGAGAGUUUGUUCGGGGGAGGCGAUAAUCAUCGUACACACCCAGGGGACGAUGAUCGACGAUUGUUUGGAGACAAAUUCAAGCAUCCCAUCUGGCAGAUCAAUGAGGAUGAUGAUGAUGAAUUUGCGGAUGAUGACAGAAAUCCUGGACACUCUCGAUCGACAUUUCACUUUCAGAUCUUCACGAACCCCCUUGAUAUGACGAGAUACUUCGAGAGCCAGAUGGAUCACAUGAUCAAGGACUUUUUCAGCUUUGGCUUCAGUGACGACAAGCAAAUACCGGGGGAGGGAUUUUCGCAAAUUAUGGGACCGAAUCGAGGGCAGGGGGAAUUGAGAGAUGAGGUUCUGAAGCCAGGAUAUGCUCUCCCACCGCCUCGUCAUGGAGUGGACAGCCCCAAGUGUGACGAGGAUCUUGAUGGAAAAGUUGAUCCCAAAGAUUUGUCCCGAGUCUGGAGCGGUGGGCUCAGUGAACCUGAAGAGCAAUUGACCCCCAGUACCUCUCUCAACCCCUUCAAGUACAGGUCCUUUGGUCAAUCAAUUGUUUCCCAGACAAUCAGACGUCCCGAUGGCUCCAUCGAAGAGAAGAGAACGACGAAAGACAACGCUGGUAACACCGAAACGAUAAUAAAGCACAGGAUGGGGGAUAAAACCCACACGGUUGUGAUAAAAAGGGAUGAAAAUGGCGUCGAGACACAAACUGAGAAUUUCGAGAAUAUGGAUCCAAAUGAACUGACAAAUUUCGAUAGAGAUUGGAAACCAAUCGAGGGUCCACUAAUGGAGCCUGGAACUUUAACCAAAUUUCCGUGGAGUAAAUUCUUCGAUUUUAGUCCAAAAUUGUGAAGAGGAAAGCAUCAGACAGUUCAAUAAGUAGAUGAAGUAGUAAAUUAGAAAAUUAGACAAUUCAAAUGGAAGUAACAUAGCCCGAAGGAUUGUUUAUAACUUUGACAAUGGAACUGUGUAAAAAUUACCAAUAAAAAUUCAUCAAUUAAAGUGA